UUUUCGUAAAAACAAAAAUUUCACCGCUGCGUCCACCAUCAAACCCGAUCGUCAUAAUUUGUUCGUUUUGUCUUAAUUUUUCACCUUAAAACCAUUCUGCAAAAUGGGAAAUAAACAGAAAUUAGCUUCGUUCUGCCGACUGUGUUUGACCAAAACUGAAAAUCGUGUUCCGGUGUUCGACAACGAUAGCGUUUUAAUCGAAUUGCUGCGUCUUGUUGACAUACAGAUUGAACGCAGGCAGGAACCGGACGCUGUCGUCUGUUUCGAUUGCGUUGUGACGCUAGAAGGAUUCGACCAGUUUAAAUCACAGUGUCAUGUGAGCGAUGAAUUGCUGAAAUCAAUUCCCCCAAGAGAGGAAUCCUCAGGGGAAGGUUCCGAGGAAGAAGACCUUGAUUGUGAUUAUCUCAUCGAGCAUAAUACUUCGGAUACCAAUGAAGGUGUUAUCGAAGAGGAACUGCUUGAAGAAAUCCCAGUAAACCAGAACAUUCGAAAAUCCCCCGUCAAGAAGAAAGCUAAAGCAUUACCCGAGCUUCCUCGGGCAAAGAAAGCAAAGACAAUGACCAAGGAUGACGAUUCUACGGAUGAUGAUUGGUUUAAGCCUUUGAAUCCUAAAACGGAUCCAAAAACAAACAAGGUUUUUUUAACCGAAGAAGAUAAAACUGAAUUAUAUUCUAAAAUUCACGAAUUCGUGGAUAAUCUGAACGAGGAAGAAUUCGAGGCCGAGUGUGAGGCUAUGAAUGUGUCCAAGCGAACCACAUCUGGUCCAUCGGUCGAUGAGCUGCAGGUUCUGCGCAAAAGCUAUCCAAAAAAUUUGCACUUUGAAAAGUGCACUAGAUCAAAACAUUUUACCCUGGUGUACUACGGGGAACGCUUCCACGGGGCGCUCUUCACGGAUCGUUACACCUACUGGCAGUGCUACGGCAGGAGGAAGCAUCGCUGCCCGGCACAGGUGGUGGUGCUGAAUGACUACCAGCAGAUCGAGCGGCGGUACGAGCACACUCACGACGAAUUAACAUGCGCCGAGGGCAAAAUUUACAGCCCAAGGCAGGCCCUGCCGGAACUGUUCAAAGCAUGCCGGGAAGUUGUGAUCGGUAAACGAAUGCGUCGUCGUAAGGAAGUUCUAAAAAGGCAAAAAUAUUUAAAGGCUCUGAAGGACAUUGAGCAAAGCGAACCAAUUGUUACCCAAGAAGAAGUCGUUUUUGAUCCUAAUUCGACGAUAGUCGUGGAUGAGUUGCAAAUAGACGAAAGUAAUAUAAGCAUUCCGCAAACGAAACAAGAACAGUAUGGUGAACAAGAGAGCAUUGAGGAAUAUUCGUUAAUUGAGAGUGAUUAUGAAUACGAAGAUAACACGGAAACCAAAGGCAACCAUGAACCUAAAGAAGUUUCAGAGAAAGUUGAAACAAAAACUGAAGCAGAUGCAAAUAAAUCGCAGUCAAAUGAAUCCGUCAACACAUCACCUAAGGUUAAAGUUGAAACUAUAACGUCACCAAAAGUUAAAGAUGAUGCACAGCAAACAGCAAAAACAGGUACCGUUGGACUGCUGGAACUAGCUGACAGCUAUCCGGAUUACUUUCACUUCGAAAAAUCAUCUCGCGUCGAGGGUUUUGCGCUGAUAUUCUACGGUGAGCGAUACCAGGGUGCAAUUUACACCGAGAAUUAUACCUACUGGCAGUGCUGUUGGCGUCGCAAACACAAAUGCCCGGCCCAAGUUUGCGUGACCAAUGACUACCAGAAAUUCGAACGUCGCUACGAGCACACCCACGAGGACCUUCAGACGGUCGAAGGCUCGAUCUACACUCCGCUGGAGGCUUUACCGCACAUAUUUGAAAAAACGAAAACGAUGAUUCGCAGGAAAAAAGAAAGAAUCGAGCGAAACAAAAAAGUUGGCAAGAAGAAAAAUCUUAAGGUAAAACGAGAAGAGUCCAGUGAUGAUGAUGAUGAUGAUGAUGAUGACGACGACGAGCAGUACGAAAUAGAAGUUGACGAGGAGUUAGCGGAAGAUGUAAACGAAUCGAUGGAGGAUGAAUAAAAUUAUCCUUCUGUGACGUAAACAAAAUCAAUUUCACAUCGAGACAGUCUAAAACGAGCUCCUUCAAUGUAAAAUGAAGAAUGUUGGAAAGUAUUGCAAAUGGGAUGUGUUUGAAGUCUUAAUAGAAAGGUAAAAAUAAAUUAAAAUAUUAAU